AGCAUGGUGGACCAUGGCGCUACACAGUUCAAGAAAAAUAUAUUUUCAUAAAUUGUAAAAACGAUUCUUGUGUGUAGCCAUUUAUGCUUCAAUACUUUUAACAUGGAGUCUCGAACAAACGAGAUUUUAACAACAGGCUCGAUAGCAACGGUUAAAGAAGAACCACAAGACCAAACUGGCGCAAAGCAAGACUUGCAACAAUCUCAAGUACAGGGCGUUUGCAUUGAAGAAGAGUGCGAACAGCGUAUCGAGUGCACUACCGAGAGCCAGGAGAAUGAAACGCGUGCAUUUUUAUCAAAAUGUGUGUUCUGUGGGAAAACAUUUGCCUUUGGUGACGAUCCGAAACUUUUAGAAUGUUUACAUGCAGCAUGCUGUGCAUGUGUCAACAGUAAAUUGAGUGAUCACAAUACAUCGGUCGACGUGGAUGUUUUGUUGGAGAGCAAUGUGGUUGCUUGUCAAAUUUGUAAUGUUACCACUCAAGCGGACAAUUUAAUCGAGAACAGAUUUCUUUCAAAGUUUAUAGAAGAAGAUUGUAGUCCAGGUACCGAUGACGAAUCUAAAGAAACAGAAGAAGAAAAAAAGUGUACCAGCUGUCAUGAUAAUGCUAAUGCUACGAGCUGGUGCGUAGAAUGCGAAGAAUUUAUCUGUCAGAACUGUGUUAUGGCACAUCAAAGAUUAAAAAUAACAAAGGAUCAUACCAUUAAACCAAAGGACGAAGUUGCCAAUGAUAGAGAUAAUGUUAAAAAGAACAACAAAAAGAUACCUGGCUAUUUAUUUUGUACAAUUCAUUCGCAUGAACAAUUGUCUUUAUUUUGUCAAACGUGUGAUAAACUUACUUGUAGGGACUGUCAGUUAAGUGAACAUAGAGAUCAUAAGUACAAAUUCAUUCAUGAAAUUGCUGCCGAAACACGUGCUUCUGUAUCAACUUUACUUAAAGAAGUUAGUUAUAAACGAGUUUUACUGAAAAGCGCAAUGAAAGUUAUAGAGGAUAGGCAAGUUCUUAUUCUAGAAAAGAAAAAAAAUUUAGUACAAGAUAUAACACAAAUGGUGGUGCAGUUAACAAAUGCAAUUAAUACACGAGGGAAGCAAUUAGUUAUGCGUUUAAAUGAAGUUUGUGAUCAAAAGCAAAACACACUAAAUGAAAAGAAAGUUGCUUUAGACCAAUUAUCAAAGCUUACAGAUCAUUGUAUUCAAUUUGUAGCUCAUGCUUUAAAAAAGGGUACAGACAUGGAAUUACUUUACAGUAAAAAAUCUGUUACAAGUCAUUUGCAAAGAAUAAAAAGCAGACGAGCUGACAUUCCAAAUCCAGAAAUACCUGUUAGAAUACAUUUAUCCUUGGAAAAAGUACCAGACUUGAUAAAAGUUGUUUCAUCGAUUGGAGCAAUAGUCGUGGAUGGUCGAGUAUAUCCUUCAAUAUCUCCUUUGGCCGGGAUAAAUACACCAUCUAUGUCAUACAAUGAAUCUCAAUCGGAGCAGAAACAAACAACUAAUUUAACAAAUACACCCAUGGAUGGCUCUCCUAUAGCUGCACAAUUACCUCCUACGACGCAGCAAUCAAAUAAUAUACAACAAAAUUCCUAUCAACAAGUGCCUCUUCAUUUAACGCCUCAACAACAACAACAACAAAUUGUGCCACAACUACAGCAGCCGCAGCAGCAGCAACAACAGCAAUCGCAGCAGCAGCAACAACAGCAAUCGCAGCAACAGCAACAAGCACAAUCACAAAAUUAUAUUCAACAUUAUAAUAUGACUAAUAUGCCACCUCGAUCAUCACCGCAAGCACAUCAACCACGUGUGCCAUAUACAGUUAACUUUAAUAACAGAUUACAGCAACCACUAAUGAUGCAGCAACGUCCAUUGGGGAGUUGUCACCAACAAGUAACAUCAUCUACACAUCCUCAUCAACAAGUUCACAUAGAUCAGCUUGGACAAAAUACAAGUUUGCGUGGGCUUCUUGCACAUAAUCCUCCACCCUACCGUCCGUCUACAAAUCAUGUACCAUAUCGAUUACCACCUUAUAGGUAUCCUUCAAAUAAUUCUCAACGACCGGCACCGCAACAUACGUAUCAGCCAACGAAUACAUCUAUGGUAUCUGGUGUAAGACUCCAACAAUGUAAUCCAACUUCACCAUCCACGCAACAUUUAAAUUAUUCUGUGCCGCAACCUGCUACAGCUCGUUGGCACAUACCCCAAAAUGUUAAUCCCUGUCUUCCUUAUUAUCCAUCCCGUCAUCAAGUUACACCCCCAAUGCCAGUUCCUAUCAACGAUACUUACAAAAUAACAUUAAAAAAUCAACAAUCAAACGUUAAUCAAAAAUAUAAUACACAAACAAGUACUGCUACUGAUAAUCAGCCUCAAUCACAAAAUUCGGUAUCUGUUGGUCAUACGGUCAGCUCGUCGGUACCUAAAACGCCUAGCCCUGUACCCCCUGGAAAAUCAGAUGAAACAGAAAAAAGUUUGGAUAAGUUUUGCCAAAAAUCUUUAAACGAUUUAAUGCUUACUAUUGCAAAAUUAGAUAGUAAUGGAAUCAUGGUGAUACCAGAAGCCCAACGAAAUCAAUUGGAUUCUGCUCAAGUAGAUAGUUCAACUGAUGAGGGAAUGAAUCCAAUGGCUGAAAAUUCAUCAGAUAAUUCAAAAAAUGCUGCAGCAUCUAUGACAAAGGAUGAUCCUAACGAAGACUGGUGUGCAGUAUGCAUGGAUGGAGGUGAUGCAGUACUAUGUUGUGAUAAAUGCCCAAAAGUCUUCCACUUAUAUUGUCAUAUUCCUAGCUUAAAAUCGUUUCCUGAUGAAAGUGAAACCUGGCAAUGUAUGUUAUGUACAAAUGUACUUGAUUGCUCGGAUGAAUCAUCAGGAGAAAAAAGGCCAAACACGAUGAAUACGAAAGAGUUACGAAUUGCACAAAGAAUUGUGCUGGAACUUUAUUGUCAAUAUGAGCAAAGUUUACCCUUCCGUGAAGUUGUUUCUAAUGAGAUAGUUGAUUAUCAUCGUAUUAUAAAGAAACCAAUUGCAUUAGACGUAAUUAGAGAUAAAUUAAAACCUGAUCACCCAAAUUAUUACACGGAUUUAAGGCAAGUUAUGGCAGACAUCAGAUUAAUGUUCAAGAAUGCUUUUACAUACAACCCUGUUGAAUCACAAGUGUAUCAAGAAGCUCGCAAUUUAGAAGAAUUUUUUGAGAAACUGUUACUGAAAUGGGCGCCAAAUUAUGCUUACGAUGAUCCUUUUCUUUCAGCUGAUAAAGACGAAGACGAGGAAGUAUUCCCACCUAAUAGAAAAUACCGACGCAUAGUGACUGAUUAAUUUUCAUUUCUCAUAAUUGAACACUUGAAAGAGUGUGCUAUUUUUAAAACGCGUAGCAGAAUUAUAUUUCAAAGCAGUCCAUGGAUAUUUCUUAUUUACAUUAAAUAUGGCUUCUCGUGUUUAAUAAAUUGAUAUAGCACAUUAUAGUUAUUUUAAAAAUACUAACAAAGCAAUUGAACUCAAUACAGACAUUUAUAAUUGUAGCAUAAUAUUGUUCGAGUUUUUUUAA